AUGGCCGUCAACGUGCAUUUCACUGGUCAAACGACCGAAAAUUUGUCCCGCAUUGAGCUGCUCGCCUGGGUUAACCGUACGCUGUUGGCCGAGUUCAAGAAGGUGGAAGAGCUGUGUACCGGUGCCGCUUACUGCCAGCUAAUGGACGUCCUGUUUCCGGGUUGUUUGCAGCUUCGGCGCGUCAAGUUCUGCACCAAUGUUGAGCACGAUUUUCUCAACAAUCUGCGCAUGUUUCAGAACGCCCUGGUACAGCUGAAGGUGUCCAAAGCCGUGCCGAUCGAACGGUUGGCGAAGGGUCGGUUUCAGGAUAACUUUGAGUUUUUGCAGUGGUUCAAGAAGUUUUUCGACGCCAACUACGAUGGGAAGGAGUACGAUCCGAAGGGGGCAAGAAACAAUGCGCCGAUGGGCUACGGUACACCGAGUACACUGAGACCUAGCCAGCGGAUGAACACCGGAUCCGUAGCGUCGGCCCCAUCGAGUCGUCCGUUGAAGCGUGCCGGUGGCACCAACGGGUCCACAGCGCGUCUACACUCAGAGGACAAAGCAGCAGCCGGAGGUGGAAGCGAUGGAGAAUUGCGUGCUGGCAAAGGAGAGAAGCAGAACGAUCGCAUAGCCACGUUGAGUGAGCAGAUUGAUGAUCUCAACAUCAAGAUACAAGAUGUUGAAAUAUCGCGCGAAUAUUACUAUCAAAAGCUUGUGCUGAUCGAGAAUUUUAUCAACGAACAUCCGGAGGAUAGUCAUGAUGCGUUCUGUGAGAAGGUGAAGGAAAUAAUGUAUGCUACUGAGUGA